CUUCCUUUUAAAUUCCCCUCAAUUCCCCUCGUCUUCUCUUCCGCCAUGUCUACACUAAGUUUCCCUCCCCUAAAUCGCCUCAAUUCUCCUGGUUUCACCUUCGUGCAGCCGAUCGACCUUGGCAUUCCCUCACUCGGACACGAGGGUGGAUCGUUCAUCGCAGCCAAAUCUCCGAUCGCAGGAACCCUGCUUAGAGUUUGCCGUUAAAUCUCUCCUUCUCCUCGGUCACUUCAAUCGCUUCUCCUUUUCCACUGCUCGUCCAGUUCCUGUCGGAUAAGGUCUUCGCACGGGUUCUCUGCUCACCCUUGAGACCGCCCGCGGGCACAGCAAGAUGCAGCUCAAGUCUUUGGUGAACUUAUUAUCUCUGGGGUUGGCCCUCCCAGCUGCUGUCGAAGGAGCCCCCAGUCGACAGGCUCGUGUGGCCUCAGCCCUCCAUCGCUACGGUGGCCGUGAUGUCGCCCAGCCUGCCAGCAAUGCUUCCGGUCUCUACCCAACCCGCUUCGCCGGUGUUACCUGGGACGACGAUAACUGGCGUCUCACAACUACUACCGUCGACCAGGGUCACUUUCAAUCCCGGGGCUCCAUAGCCAAUGGGUACAUGGGUAUCAAUGUCGCCAAUGUUGGUCCUUUCUUCGAGAUGGACUCCGAGGAAAACGGUGAUGUGAUCAGCGGAUGGCCAUUGUUUUCUCGUCGCCAGUCCUUCGCGACCAUUGCCGGUUUCUGGGACCGUCAGCCAACGACCAAUGGAUCCAACUUCCCCUGGCUGUCUCAGUAUGGCAGCGAUAGUGUUAUCAGCGGCAUUCCGCACUGGAGUGGCUUGGUUCUCGACUUGGGCGACGACACUUACCUGGAUGCAGGAGUCGACAAUCGCACGAUCUCUAACUUUGAGUCAACCUACGAUUACAAAGCUGGCAUCUUGUCGUGGUCCUACACCUGGACCCCUGAGGGCAACAAGGGAUCCUACGCUAUCACGUAUCGGCUCUUCGCGCACAAGUUGAACCCCAAGCAAGCUGUCGUGGACUUGGAGAUUGUGCCUUCAAUCAAUGGCAACGCAACGGUCGUCAAUGUGCUGGAUGGUUAUUCGGCAGUCCGCACGGAUUUCGUUGAGUCGGGAGAGGAUGAAGGGGCCAUCUACUCUGCCGUGCGGCCAUGGGGCGUGAGCAAUGUCACUGCGUACAUUUACGCCACGCUCGAUGCUUCGGACAAUGUGGAUCUGUCUUCCCGAAAGCUCGUCACGAACAAGCCUUACGUACACACAAAUGACUCGUCCAUCGCUCAGGCAGUCAACGUCCGCUUCACUGCCAACGAGACUGUUCGCGUGACGAAAUUUGUUGGCGCGGCUACCACGGACUAUUUCCUGGCAACCCGCGAGACGGCCAAGCUGGCGGCUCAGGCUGGACUGGCCCUGGGAUACACCCGCUCACUGCAAUCGCACGUUGCAGAAUGGGCGGAGAUCAUGCAUGAGGGCUCUGUCGAUCGGUUCAAUGACCCCGUCACGGGCAAGCUUCCCGCGGACCGCCACAUCAUUGACUCGGCCAUCAUCGCCGUGACCAACACUUAUUAUCUGCUGCAGAACACCGCAGGCCCCAACACGCUUGUAGCCACUGGUGGAAUGCCCGUCAAUAUCGACAGUUGCGCGGUCGGUGGUCUGACCUCGGACUCCUAUGCUGGCCAAAUCUUCUGGGAUGCGGAUUUGUGGAUGCAACCCGGACUAGUGACUUCGCACCCCGAGUCGGCACAACGAUACACCAACUACCGCAUUGCCUUGCACUAUCAGGCCAAGGCCAACGUCAAGACUGCCUUUACAGGAUCACAGAACCAGACCUCUUUCAGCUCAUCCGCCGCCAUCUAUCCGUGGACCAGCGGUCGAUUCGGUAACUGCACCGCUACCGGACCGUGUUGGGAUUAUCAGUACCAUUUGAAUGGUGACAUUGGCUUGGCCAUGAUCAACCAGUGGGUCACUAGCGGUGAUACCGAGUGGUUCCGCAACUAUCUCUUCCCCAUCUACGACUCGGUGGCCACGCUCUACGGUGAUCUCGUUCAGCGGAAUGGUUCAGCCUUCACAUUGACCAACAUGACCGAUCCUGACGAGUAUGCGAACUCUAUUGACGCAGGCGGUUAUACCAUGCCAUUGAUUGCCGAGACCUUGAAAUACGCCAACCAGUUCCGCAAGCAAUUUGGGCUUGAGGCAAACGAGACCUGGGAUGAAAUUGCGGAGAACGUCUUGAUUCUGCGCGAGAAUGAUGUGACCCUGGAGUACACCUCGAUGAACGGAUCGGCCGUUGUGAAGCAGGCGGAUAUUGUACUGAACACAUUUCCACUGGCCUAUGAGUCCGACAACUACACCACGGAGAACUCGCUGACGGACCUCGACUACUAUGCGAACAAGCAAUCCGCUGACGGCCCAGCCAUGACAUACGCUAUCUUCUCCAUCGCCGCCAGUGAUGUUUCUCCGUCUGGUUGCUCCGCCUAUACUUAUCACCAAUAUUCCUAUGCGCCCUACUCGCGUGGCCCGUGGUAUCAGCUCUCUGAGCAGAUGAUCGACAAUUCCAGCAUCAAUGGCGGCACUCAUCCGGCGUUUCCCUUCCUGACUGGCCACGGUGGUGCCAACCAGGUUGUGCUUUUCGGUUACUUGGGGCUGCGCCUGUUACCUGACGACGUUCUUCACGUGGAUCCAAACCUGCCGCCACAGAUCCCGCACAUUACCUAUCGAACAUUCUACUGGCGUGGUUGGCCCAUUUCCGCCUGGUCCAACUACACCCACACUACCCUGCAGCGCUCAUCGUCCCUCCCGCCCUUGGCCUCGGCCGAUGUCCGCUUCAACAGCACCGGUCUUAACGUCCAUGUUGGCCAGUCCACUGAGAACGCCACCAGCUAUACUCUCCCCUUCUUCGGAUCUCUGACAAUUCCUAACCGCCAAAUCGGGUCUAUCAAUACCACUCCAGGCAACCAAGUCCAGUGCCACCCUGUCUACUCCCCUGAUGCCUAUGAGCCUGGUCAAUUCCCUAUCUCCGCGGUUGACGGUGCCACCUCGACCCGCUGGCAACCUUCUUCUGGAAAUCUGUCUUCGAUCACCGUGACACUAUCCACUACUGACGUGGAGUCUGCCAAUAGUGUGUCUGGCUUCUACUUUGAUUGGCACCAGUCUCCCCCGAGGAGCCUCAGUGUUAUCUUCCAUGACACACCCAUCACGCGGCCGGCACAAGUCUUUGCUGCUUCCGGCAAUGCUACUCCGGGGUAUCGUCUUAUCACUCAGCUGUCCGAGGUGGCCCAGUCGAGUCCCUACGACACUGCCUCUAUUGAAAGGGCCAACACCGUCUCCAUUCCCAGCGGCAAUACCACAACCAUUACCCUUGACGAGCCCGUUCGCAGCGCUCGAUUCGCUACCCUCUUGAUAGCAGGCAAUCAGGCCAGCGAUAACACAACCAAGGGCGCGACCGUCGCGGAAUGGGUGAUCUUGAGCAGCAACGCCACCGGCGAGGCGAACCCGGCGAGUAAGCGGUCGUUGAGUGCGCGAAACAAGGCUACCUUGGCUCAAUCCUAGAUGUCAAUGAAUCUUUACGAAACGAACCUAGAACUAAUGGGUCUUUCUCGUGAUUAGCCGAGCUGACACUAGAAGACGGGUUGGGACAGGUACAUAAUGGUCUGGUCACUUGCGCACUUAUUAUCCGUUGUUGGGAUUCAUUCUUCUUGCCGUUAAUUAUUUCUAUCGCCUUGUGCCUGGUUACCUGGCCGGUACUGGUGCGAUGUACAUACGGGCAUACAUAACCUACUGAAUUAAGAUUAAUACUAG